AUGAUGGAUGCGCACUCUUUGUGGAAUGUAACAAACGCGCAUAACCAGACUCAGAUGGACACAGUUUUUCUUAUAUUCAACUGCACAGUGUUGACUUUGACUUUAGUGUUAGGUUUGCCUGGAAACUUGUGGGUUUGCUGGGUUGUUUUCCGAACCAAAAGCCUCCAGAACUGUAAUAACGCGCUGCUGGUCAGCUUGGCCGCCAGUGACCUCCUGAAGUGUAGUGUGGACACGCCGCUGCUGCUCUUUUCUUUGCUGUAUUAUGGGAAGGACAGUGUGGUGUCGGUGUCCGUGUGCAGCCUGCAGCAGUUCACCUAUGCCCUGUGCAGCUGUGUGCAGCUGCUCACCCUGGUCAGCAUCAGCGUGGAGCGCUUCCAUGCCAUCGCCUUCCCCUUCCAAACCGAGAGGCGGAAAGCGAGAGUCCGCCUGUGGAUCCUGUCCAUCUGGGCAUGUGGCCUGCUCCUGGCUCUAAUCUCUCUGACUCUGUCAAAAAAAGCUCCUUUAUACAUGCUCUGUCGGCCACACGUGGGCUGGCAUGGUGGCGGUCAUGUCCAGUAUUUGGAUCCAUUUGGACCCUACGUGCUGGUGCCGCUGUGGGGGCUCUCUCUCGCUAUGAUCGUGACCCAUUACGUGAGGAUAUUUAAAGUUGUCAGAAAGCACCGGAGAAAAGUUUUCAACCGGGGUGUGCAGCUGAAGCCGACGGUGUCUGCGCACGUCUGGAGCCAGCUGGCGCUUUCAGCACCACGGACAGCGCAGGGCUCCUCCAGGUCCCUGCCCGCCGUGGGCUCCUGCAGCCCCGUGUCCGUCCGCCGGACCCUGCUCCUGGUGACCGAGCACAGAGCCGCCUGUGAGGAGCCCUCCACCCCAGAAGCCCCGGUGAGACCUCCGGACAUUGUGGGGGCGGUGUGUCUGUUAACACCCGGUGCCAGAGAGCGGGGGAAGAAACAGAUGGAGGGGAAACUGGCACAGCGUUUUGGAUACAUAAUCAUCGCGUUCACGCUUUUCUGGGUUCCAAUGGUGGUUAUUUUGUUAAUAGACGUCAUCUCAUGGCAGGACACGAACACUUUGCGAAUGGAGCUGGAGACGUCAGCCCUGGUGCUAACCUGUGUGCAGGCUGCAGUGGAUCCCCUCAUCUACACAUUAGUCACACGGCAAUUUCGCUCUGAACUCCGCAAACUCCUGUCCUCCGUCCCACGGUGUCCACUAAAACCAAGAGCCUAAAGAUUUACCUGUUUGACAUUAAAAUAUGACACAUGAACAGCACUUCAGGGGAAUACACAUAACUCUUCCUUGUGAUUAUUACGCACGUGAUUUAGAGGGAGGCAAAGGAGAGACAGAUUUUGUAUUUGUGGCAGAUAUAGAUGUUUUAUCAGGCGUUUCACAGUCGGGACACAAGACAAGGUCAUAAAUAAUAUCCAACACCUGACAAGAUACGCACAGCAGUAGUCUCAACAACGACAGGUGGCAUAGGAGGGCAAAGCAAAGAGUGAGAAGAAAACUGACUGAGUCCAGAAAAAAGACAAUCAAAGGAGAAUACAUAACAGAGAAAGAGAGACAAACACAAUUACAGACCUCUGUUUUUGUUGUUUGUAAAUAAAAAUGCAGUUAUUUGACACUUUGAGCAGAAAGAUGCUUACAUAAUAAUUCAAACUGUCAUCUGAAAGUGCAACUGACACAAAGCAACCUGUCUUGAAACAGGGAAGCAGGAAAUUAUUCAUGUGAAAUCACUGUCCAAGCAACAAAAAAUACAGGGAAUCUCACUUCUGCCGUUACCUAUGUCAUACCCUUGUUGUAGUUUUCAGUAGAUUCUAAAUGUCGAACUUGAUGCUGUGAAUAUGAAGUCAAUGUCUUUAACCCCACGCUGAAAAAUUACACUGAGAAAGUUCAGACUGUGUGCUUGUCUUCUUUUUUUAGUCCACGUACAUCACUGCACAGUUUGACUCUAAUACUGAUCUAGGCAACUGUUGUUACUGUGUACAGUACUAAAUUAUCAGCAAGAGUACUAGGUCACUACUAGAAGGGAAAACAUCCUGGUCCAACUCUGUGGGAUAUUUUCGUCUUACUUUGGGUUGGUACCAAACUGAGACACUAGUCUAAACGAUAUCACGGUCUAGUGUGUGCACUGAUAUGAUACCUAUGUGCCAUUAUAUUCCCAACCAUAUUUUUAGAUAUGAGGAUGAUAAGUGUUUUUUUAAAGUCUAGUAUAAAGGUAAAACCAAUCAAGCUUUUCAGAUGUGUGAUGUCUAUCUUAACACAUAGCUUUUAAAAGACCAUGAUACAUUUACAUCAACUACAUAUGGGGGUAAUAAUAGACCAAUUCUAGUAUUGCUUGUUAAAUAUGAUAUUGGUCUAUAAUGGACAAUAUGCUGAUAUACUGAUGCAUCUCAGGUCCUGUAUGUGUGCUUUUAAUCACCAUUUUGUGUCAUCUAUGUGAAGCAGAAGUGGUUGCUUGUCUGCAGGAACAAAAGUUGCUCUUCCCUGCUUUGGUGAAACCCACCCAAAGACAGACCCAAUGUCUGUCUGUGGAGUGUUUGACUCAGGAUGACAUUCAGGAUGAAAAAGGCCAACAGAGAGGCAUUAACUAUGAGGUUAGCAGAGCUAAAAGGUCAGUGUCCAUAGUUACAAAGGUCAGCUUUGAUGGGCUUUGAUGAGAGACACUACUAAAGUUACAUGGUGGGGCGGUGAGUUGAGAGAACAGACAGAACAGCAUGUGUUCUUGGUGACAGAGAUCUGUGGAUGGCUCAUCCAGUGUCCUCUGUAUCUCUGUGGUCACCAUUGCAACAGACUUCCCUGCUUCAAGUUCUCCAGAAGAUAAAGUAAAAAAAAAAAACAAAAAAAAAAAAAAAACUUUAAAACACCAAGGAGGA